AUGAGCACCGACUUUGAUCGUAUUUAUCUGAACCAGUCUAAGUUUGGUGGUAGGUUCCGUAUUGCAGAUUCCGGUCUCGGUUGGAAACCGGCGACUAGUGGUGGUUCCGCUGCUGCUGCCCAGUUGAGACAGCCAUUCCUGUUGCCAGCCACAGAGUUGUCCGCUAUCCAGUGGAGCAGGGGCGCGAGAGGCUACGAAUUGAAGAUCAACACAAAAAAUCAGGGUGUUUUGCAACUGGACGGGUUCACGCCGGAAGAUUUCAACUUGGUCAAAGGUGAUUUCCACCGGAGGUUCAACAUCCAAUUGGAACAUAAGGAGCACUCACUUAGAGGGUGGAACUGGGGGAAGACAGACCUUGCCAGGAAUGAACUGGUAUUUGCUCUGAAUGGGAAACCAACCUUUGAAAUCCCAUACUCCAGGAUUAACAACACCAAUCUGACUGCCAAAAACGAGGUUGGUAUUGAAUUCAACCUACAAGAUGAGAACUAUCAACCUGCUGGGGAUGAGCUUGUGGAAAUGAGAUUCUAUAUUCCAGGUGUUAUUGCAGACAACGAGACGGAUGGUUCCAUCCCCGCGGCAGCGGAAGGUGACUCGCAGACUCCUACUGAGAAGACUGUAGCUGAAUCCUUUUACGAGGAGUUGAGGGAGAGGGCCGACAUAGGUGAAACAGCAGGGGAUGUCAUUGUUUCCUUCCAGGACAUCUUCUUUGCAACACCUAGAGGCCGUUAUGAUGUCGACAUUUACAAGGACACUAUAAGAUUGAGAGGUAAGACGUACGAGUACAAACUACAAUACCGUCAAAUUCAAAGAAUCGUUUCUUUGCCCAAGGCAGAUGACAUCCAUCACUUGCUUGUCCUUGCCAUCGAUCCACCAUUGCGUCAAGGUCAAACCUCGUACCCAUUUUUGGUGCUCCAGUUCCAAAACGAGGAGGAAACUGAGGUACAGUUAAACAUUGAUGAUGAUGAGUACGAGGCACAUUACAAGGACAAGUUGAAGAAACAUUACGACGCAAAGACCCAUAUCGUGAUCAGUCACGUCUUGAAGGGACUCACGGACCGCAGGGUCAUCAUUCCAGGUGAAUAUAAAUCCAAAUAUGAACAGUGUGCAGUUUCGUGUUCCUACAAGGCAAAUGAGGGCUACCUGUAUCCGUUGGAUAACGCCUUCUUCUUUUUGACAAAACCAACCCUAUAUAUCCCGUUCUCAGAUGUCAGCUCAGUGAACAUCUCUAGAGCUGGUCAGACGUCUACAUCGGCAAGAACUUUUGAUCUGGAGGUGGUGCUACGUAUGAAUAGAGGUUCGACCACGUUUGGUAACAUUAGCAAAGAGGAGCAACAGUUAUUGGAACAGUUCUUGAAAUCAAAGGGAUUGAGAGUAAAGAAUGAGGAGAAGGAAGCACAGGAAAGGCUACAGACUGCAUUGGGAUCGGACAGCGACGAGGACGGUGAUAUUAAUAUGGGGUCUGCCGGCGAGGACGAUGAAUCGGUUGAUGAAGAUUUCCACGUGAGUUCUGGUGGUGAAGAUGAUGACGUCGCAGAGGAAUUCAACUCGGAUGCCUCUAUGAGCGACGACGGCGAUGACGCUGAACUUUCCGGCGACGGAAGUAACAGACCCUCCAAAAAACCUAAAACCGAAUGA